AUGACAACCUACGUCGGGUAUGCUGCUCAAUGUUCGCCAGCAGUUCGCAAGCAGAUCAUUCCGCUAGAAAUCCGUUUAGAAAUUGCGGAACGAAUGAUCGCCUAUGCGUCACUGGCCGAUGUACUGCGAUGGCGCGGUGUAUCGCGACGUUUUCGUGCAGCAGCUAUGCGUCGUCUUGCGCGAUACACGACGAUUCAUGUUCGAGUCUAUGACGGCUUAUCUACUUUAUAUGAAAAGGCAUCUUCAAUUGCAAACAUUGGUGAUUGGCAUCCAGCUGGUUGCUUGCUGCUGAGCGAAAUGGGACCACAUGAACUUGGAAUCGCACUAGAUUCACGACCAAAAUGGAAGGAUGUGAAAAUACUGGUGGCUCUGCUCAAUGUGUUCCGAGAAAAUGCGAUUCAAAUUCAGAUGGACAGUCCAAUAGUAGAGCUUCUUGUGAAGGAGGUGAGGAAAAAGUAA